AUGCAUCAUAUACGCAACCCCACAGACGAAGACUUCAUCUAUGAUCCGCGGCCACAGCCGCUCGAGAACCCGGUUCUUAAAGGCCGCUGCGAGCUUGCUUCUUUCAAUUAUGAGCAGAGCCGACAAGCUGCUAGCCUGAUUUCUGCGUUUGGGAACGACGAGUCUAACAUCCCCGAGUUUGGGGUAGGAAAUUGCCAAGACUGGGUUUCAAGUGCUGUUGGAAUGCUUGAGCAUGCUGGUGUUUUUCCUUCUGGAGAGGAGCAAUUCUGGAAGAGUAUGAUCAACAGAAGUUCGGAGGAAAUGAAAAAUGAAUGUCUUCGGGGAGGGAAGAAAUGGAUAGAUGGCCCAGAGUCGACGUAUGAAGGGGAUCCUGAUGCAAGAUUCGUGGACAGAGAACGGGACACAGCGAAGCCUGUUGGAAAGUUGGUUCAGAAUGAUGUGUUCCGGGCACGUAUGCAGUCGCUUUUGGGCCCCAAGCGAAGUGGUGAGAGUGAUCAUGAUGAGAUGCCUACAGAACGCCCGCUUUAUGUGUCGAGUCCUUUCUUUAGUAAGUUGGCUGGGAUGAAAGAUUGA